GAAGGGGUUGGGCACCGCCUACCGCCCGGCUGUCGGCGACUUGCCUGGCGGGAGGGACGCAAGCCAAAGUUACGGGUGCCGGAUCCCGCAGCUCAUGGGUCAUGGAGCCCGGGCCCGCCGCGUCCCCCGGGCCUUCCCGCUCCUUCAAAGAGGAGCUGCUCUGCGCCGUCUGCUACGACCCCUUCCGCGAUGCGGUGACGCUGCACUGUGGCCACAACUUCUGCCGCGGGUGCGUGAGCCGCUGCUGGGAAGUGCAAGUGGCGCCCACCUGCCCCGUGUGCAAGGACCGGGCGUCACCCGCCGACCUGCGCACCAACCACACCCUGAACAACCUGGUGGAGAAGCUGCUGCGCGAGGAGGCCGAGGGCGCGCGCUGGACAGGCCCGCGAUCCCCGCGCCUCUGCCGCUUGCACCGCGGCCAGUUGAGUCUCUUCUGCCUCGAGGACAAGGAGCUGCUCUGCUGCUCAUGCCAGGCCGACCCCCGCCACCGGGGACAUCGCAUGCAGCCAGUGAAGGACACUGCCCACGACUUUCGGGCCAAGUGUAGAAACAUGGAGUACACACUGCGGGAGAAAGCCAAGGCCUUCUGGGCCAUGCGACGCUCCUACGAGGCCAUCGCCAAGCACAAUCAGGUGGAGGCUGCGUGGCUGGAAGGCCGCAUCCGGCAGGAGUUCGACAAGCUCCGUGAGUUCCUGAGGGUGGAGGAGCAGGCUGUUCUGGACGCUGUGGCCCAGGAGACCAGGCAGAAGCAGCUCCUGGCUGAUGAGAAGAUGAAGCAACUCACAGAAGAGACGGAGGUGCUGGCCCACGAGAUUGAGCGGCUGCAGAUGGAACUGAAGGAAGACGACAUCUCUUUUCUCAUGAAACACAAGAGCCGAAAGCGCCGGCUCUUCUGCACCGUGGAGCCGGAGCCCAUCCAGCCCGGCAUGCUCAUCAACCCCUGCCGGUACCUGGACUCCCUGCAGUACCGCGUGUGGAAGAAGAUGAUCAGUUCCAUCAAAUCUGUGCCCUUCAGCUUCGAUCCCAACACUGCAGCAGGCUGGCUCUCGGUGUCUGAUGACCUCACCAGCGUCACCAACCAUGGCUACCGCGUGCAGGUGGAAAACCCAGAGCGCUUCUCCUCAGCACCCUGCCUGCUGGGCUCCUGCACCUUCUCUCAGGGCUCCCAUGCUUGGGAGGUGGCCCUGGGUGACCUGCAGAGCUGGCGGGUGGGUGUGGUGCGGGUGCAGCCAGAUACAGGUGCAGAAGGCCACUCACACAGCUGCUACCAUGACACACGCUCUGGCUUCUGGUACGUGUGCCGCACGCAGGGUGUGGAGGGGGACCACUGUGUGACCUCGGACCCGGCCACCUCGCCCCUGGUCCUGGCCAUCCCGCGCCGCCUACGUGUGGAGCUGGAGUGCGAAGAGGGCGAGCUGUCCUUCUAUGAUGCUGAACAUAACUGCCACCUAUACACCUUCCAUGCACGCUUCGGGGAGGUGCGGCCCUACUUUUACCUUGGGGGUGCGCGGGGUGAUGGGCCCCCUGAGCCCUUGAGCAUCUGCCCCUUGCGCAUCACUAUAAAGGAAGAGCUGGACAUCUGAACUGGCCCAGGCCUGCUGGAUGCUGUGCCGUGGGCUUGCUUGAUUCCUGCCUCUUCCUGAAGCCCACCCCCGGCCUCAGCACCUCUGCCCACUACCUUUUGAGGUGCCAGCAUCCUCUGCCAUUCCGUCUUGCCUUUUUCUGUGACUCUAGGCCCUAUGCCUCGUCUUUAUUUUUGGUCCCUUCUCUGCUCAGUUAAAAGCCAUCCAGGAAGUACCUCACUGGGUCCAGGCUCUACCCAGGGUGUGAAUUUUUAAGUCCUCAUUUGAGAAUUUCUGGAGAAAAUGUUUACUUCUAGAACAGGCCUGUUUUAAAAUGUAGGUUUUAUUAUUUUCCAGGUAUGGUUAAACCAACUAAUCAGGAGAUGACUGCUGUUGGAAAGAGUCUGUCACUCAUUUCCCAGCCAUGCCACAUGGAGCCACACAGGAAAGCACUAGGGUCAGUCAAGAUGCAAAGGGAAAGAGGGGAAGGUGCUGGCAAAGCCUGUGUUGUGGUUUUCCUGGGAAGGAAUGGGUGGGGCAGCAUAGACCAGGUGGACGCUCACCAGUCUUGAGUAGUUGCAGUGGGUGGGUUCUGGCGUGUGAGGACAGCUCCUGGUUUCUUGCACCUGCCUUAGGAUGAUUAGGACAGGAGAUGUUGACUUGGCAGAGAGCCUGCUACAGGAAGUGGUGAGAUUCCAUGGUCUAGGUUGGCUGGACUCACGGGACAGGCAGCCUUCAGGCCCGUUGGCUGUCUAGGGAUUGGCUAGCUUAGGAGCUGCAGUCACUCCAGUACCGGAACAUCAGGAAUUCAGCAAAUAAGCAAACAGUGCAGGGCUCAGCUUAGCUACUGCUUUAUGUUACUAAUUUAAAACUUGCACAGAUCUUCCUGGGGGUCCUGUAAGGUAGGAGGCAAAGCUGCCCAUCCCUAUCCUUCAACUCCAGUUUAUCUGGUUGUACAUCUAGAGCUAAUCUCCUCUGAACCAAGAGCUCCUGAGCACUUAACAAACUUAAAAUCAUGCUGUGCACCUGUUCCCUCGCUGGGCCUCACUUUCCUCAUCUGUACAAUAGACAGUGGGACUAGAAGACCAUGUCCUUCUAUAAUUCUGUGGGGUGAGUUCCUCUGGUGAAAGUAUGAGAAGGGAAGGGAAGAGGUGCCCUCUCCAGUUAGGAAGAAAGGAAGGGUGUGAUCCAAGGGAGGCCGUUCGGAAGACAGGUGCUGUGCAGUGGGAAGGAAGGCAGUGUCCCUCGUCCUCACUGCUGCGUGUCACUGACCUCAGCUGGCUUGCUCCCUGUUGGGUUUCAUUCCUGUUUCUCCUCUCCACUGUAAACCUCCACCUUUCCUUUCUCAUGCCUGCAAAUGCUUUCUAAUUUCCAGCUCACUGUGUCCUGGGAACUGGCAACAUGGAAGGAGAUACUGUCCCGUGGGUACCGUGUUAUAGUUAGGGGCACGUUCCAGCCUGGAUUCCCCACUUCAUAACAGCUGAUGUUCUAAACAGCAAUUAGGAGUCCUGGUUAUAAGUGUGUUGUGCACAUUGGUUAUGUAACUAGUGGGGAGGGACCAGGUGUGACAUGCCACUGGGGCCAGCUUGGCAGUUGGCAAAUGAGCUCACUUGUGUCAGAUUCUCAGGCCCACCCCCCACCCCCCCCCCAAAAAAAAAAAGCUCUAUGCACUUUGGGACCCAAGCAGUUGUGAGUGUGUGUGCUCUGCUGGGGUUUAACCUGUCAAGUACAGAUUCUGUAUGAUCAGCCUGACUUGUUGGUUAGAAUAAAUGUUUAAAACUAUUUUCACCCAAGCUAUUACGAGGUUUUUUUUUUUAAGAUAUAGGAUAAUUUGGAUAGCCUAGGCCUCCUUUUCAAAGAAAUAAAAAUGAUGUGCUUUUUCUUUUGACAUUAUUUCUUUCGGUGUUCUUGUAAGCCAGAGUUUUUCCAUGUUGUAGUAUGUAUUCUUAUUGUAAUAUUCCGUUGUAUGAAAUGAUGUACUGUGUUUUAUUGUUCGCCAAUUGAUGGGUAUUUGGCCUGUUUCCACGUUUUGUUGGUUUUGAGUAGUGCUGCUGGGAACAUCUGUGUACAGAUUUUUCUGUGGAUCUGUCUCUCUUUCUCUUUGGUGUCCACCUAGGCAUAGACAUGCUGUGUCUUAUGGUGACUCUUCUUAACCUUUUGAGGAACCGCCAAGCUGCUUUCCGAUGCAGCCUUUGACUCCCACCAGCAGUGUGUGCAGAUUCCGGGUGCACAGCACCCUUGUCAGCACUGUGAUCUGUGUUCUGACUUAGCCCUCCUGUGACGGUGAAGUGGUAUGGCUUUGGCUUUGAUUUGUAUUUCCUUGAUGCUGAUACCGAGUAGCUUUUUCAUGUGCUUAUUGGCCAUUUGUAUAUCUGUUUGGGGGAACUGUCUUCAGAGCCUUUCCCCAUUUUUAGCUGGGUUGUCUUUUUGUUGAGUUGUAAGGGUUCUCUAUGUAUUCUAGAGACUAGUCCCUUUGUCAGAUAUAGAACUUAUAAACUUUCCUCUUCAUUUUAGGUGUGUCCAUUCACGUUCUUGGUGACAUCCUUUGAAACCCCCAGUUUUUUAAUUUGGAUAUUGUCCAGUCUGGUAUUUUUUUUUUUUUUUUCGGUUGCUUACAGAUCUUAGGAAUCCUACUUUUGACACUACCCUUAAGACCAUCUGGCCUUGGUUCUGGAUAUGCUCAUGGUAAGGUGGCUAUCCUGUUGGCAGCGAGCCCCUCUCCAAGGGUCUUCCUUGAAUACUCUCCCACCUGUACCUCUUACUCCUCAUUCCGGCAUCCACCCUGGAGGCAGCAGCCCCCUGUACACUGCCUGUCUUAUUCUCCUUUUGAAUCCAUCUAUGUGCUGCCACCAGAUGCACCAUCCUUUGGUCUCCAGUGGCCACCCAGAGUGGCCCCCACUCCUGACCUGCUCAUGUGCAUUUCUGCAAUGCAGCUUUCGGAGCUCACUGUGGCUGGACUGUGUUCUACUGGGUGUCCUGGCUCCAUCUCACAUGGCUCCAGGCACACCAGGCUGUCACACACGCUGCCUGGUACUCACAGGGCCAUUUGUAUCAUAGUGACCUGCUGUUGGUUACUCGGACUGUUCUGGUUAUAUUUGCUGCACCACCUGUGUGCUGAUGUCUCAGGUACACUUCUUACCUGCCUGGGCUUAUGUCCUCAUCUGCAGAUCUUCCCUAACCCCUAAUUGUGUGCCCUUUAGAUGGGAGCCCGGGGAGCAGACUUGUGAGUGCCAAGGCAAAUAGCAGGAGAGUCCCCUCUGGCUCCUUGAACUUGCUCAUUGGCACCAGUGAUCACUUGGUCAUAACUCAGUGUGUAAUAGCCAUUUUCUUCCUUCUUGCUUCUGAAGGGUGAAGUUUUGGCAGAAUGGGAUUGUUGUUGGUUAACUAUCAAAACAGUGGCAGUCUGGUGAGCCCCAUGGUUAGUGAUGGUGCCCGGCAGGAGUGUUCCCAAUACCUUAGAUAUUAACAGAACUCUCCCCAGUAGGCUUCUGCCCACUUUGCUUCUGUUGUUAUAGAUCCUGCCCAGGGUUCCUGGGCUGCUAUUGCGUGUUGCACCUCCUGCUGGAAGGCACCUGACUAUAUUCUCUGCUUAAGUGUAGGGACUACAUCAUUAUCACCUUUGCUAUCCUAGGUCCAGGGAUGUCCCAGGCCACAGUAGGUGGUUCUUGUGUGGAUGCAUCAUGUCAAUGAUGGGUCAUAAAAACAAAGUAGGAGCAAGAUAAUAAUGGGGCUGAAAAAUUCUGAUUAGCAUCUUUCUGUGCCUUCUCUGUGUUUAGAUAUGUACUGUGUCACGGUGGCCGGCAGUGCCACUGCAAUAGCGUGCACACAGGUUUGCAGCCUUGGAGCGGGGGCUGUACCACACAGCCCAGAUGUGCAGUAGGCUGUGCCAUUGAGGUUUGGUAAGCACACUCAGUGUUCACAGUGACAAAGUGGCUGAAGAGUGCACAUCUCAGAACAUAUCUCUGUCACUAAUCAACAUGCAACCUUUUAGAGGUAUGACCUGCAGGUCAGGCAAGCUGUCCUCAACUACUCCACAAAACAACUGGCAGCAUUUGGUAAGGAACAAGGGUCAGGAUCCUGGACCCAGAUUCCAACCCUGCGAUGGAGAAACUACCUGAGGCUUUUGGACAUCUGCUGCAAGUAGAAAGAGGGUGACAGUACCUGCCUCAGGCUUCUCAGGGAUCCAGUGAGGCAGACUUUGGAAAAAUGCCGAGUAUUCCACCCUAAACCUAGUAUAGGCUUAUUACUGUUGGCUAAUUCUUCAGCAAGUGGGACGUUCUGCAUGUUGAAAUUAUGAUUCACAAUCACGAUGAAUCCCAAAGAAAAGUGAGAAGCUGAGAUGUGGAAGUUAUGUUGGGAAUGCUUACUUUCCUUCAGAUUUUUGACAAGAGUAUGUCUAUACAACUUAACAUUUGUGAAAAAGUUUCAAUAACAUGGAAAAGUAGUUGUAAUAACCAAGAAAAGUAGGUUUCAGAGUUAAACAUACAGACCUGGAAUGCACUUACAAAAAAAGGCAAGCAGUAAUUUGCCUUUAAUUUGUGUGUGUGUGUGUGUGCGUGUGUGUGUGGCGCGUGUGCACGUACAUGUGUGCUUGUGUAUGUUUGAUAAUCUGUUUACAUGGCAAUAAACCCAAAGGUACAAAAUGUACUAGAACAAUCUCACACCUCUGCACAUUCAGCUCUCCUAGUAGGCAGUCCCUCCUAUCUGUUUUUCAUCUUUACAGAGAGAUUCUGUGUAUGGCACAUAGUCUACAAGAGUAUUCUGCCCCUCCCUGCCCAGCACACUAUAAUUAAAAUGCAGAUUGUCCCAUACUGUAUCUGUAAGCAACCCAGCAUGAGGAGAAAACUCCAAGCAUGUUAUUAAAAUAGUUUUACCUUCUCAAGGGGGAGGUUUGUCUGGGAUGUUUUCAUGCACUCAGUUCAAUUGGUGGAUUUUGGUUUUUGUUUAAAUAUUGCAUUAUAAUUGGUGUCUAAAACCAAGAGGAGAAAAGCUAAAUGGAAACCUUAAACCUAAGACUUCAACGUAGUUUUUUAAAAAUCUCUAUCCUCCCAAAGGUGUCCAUUGGCUAAAAGGCUGGAUAUGGUGUUGGACGCCCAGAGUUCAAACUGACCACCACUGUGACCCUGGGGGGAGACAACCCCUCUGCUUCUUGGUGUCAUCAUGUGGAAAAGACCUAAGAGUUCCUGUCUCUUAAGGUGGUUAUAGACUUUAAGGGAGCACGUGUGUAAAACUCUGGAAGUUGGACAAAUAUUGACAGCUGAGUUCACUAUCGUUACACCUGGCCCUGGUCCUCACAUAGCUGCGAAGCUUUGGUAGAGCAUUGAACUUCUGUAAACAGGGCAACUUGGACACUUGCAUGUUUUUCCCCAGGUCCACCCGUGUCAUUGGCAAGGGCUAUGUGUCCCAAAGAAGAGAAGACAGCUGCCUACAGUCUUCAAGAAUCUGGGUGUGGUACCAGAGGCUUUGCCUCAUGUUUUGAGCCUGGAGAAAAAGAGUCAUAAUGUUUUGGGCAUAGCAGAAGAUUCUAGAGAGGAGCAGAUCUUUACAAAUCAUAAAAUUAGUCAUUGUAUCAUGCACAAUGAAAUUGUGUUGUCAUGUUCCAAAAUGGUUCAUGUAGCUGUAUGCAUGAAGAUGAUGUCAAAUACUGACUCAUGCCCAGUGAAGGUGAUCUUAAUGAUAGUGAUGUGGAUUGGACAAAGACAAUCGUUAGUGAUGGGAGAAGCUGAGCUUAUUAAUAUUCCCUUCAGGAUUUCAGAAAGAACAGAACUUUGUGCCCCGGCCUGUCCCACUUUCUCCUUCCAACAGUAACCAGAGGGUGGGAAGACAGGUCAGUAAGGACUGAGUCUGAUGGCAAGGGAAGCCUUCCUGCUCUGGGGUGUUGUUUGUCCUUGUUUGUGGGUGUUGCUCCGGUGGGUUUCCUUUGCCAGGGAGCAGGCUGGGGAAGAUGGGAGAUUUGGUUUCUAUGGAUACUGGCUGGCUGGGAUUUGCAUAAUGUAGUGCAGAGAACAGACAGUCUGGGAACACUGUAGACCAGGGAGGAACACAGAGGCACAUGGAAAUGAGUUGGAGGGCCAGGGUAGCCAGACUCCAUUCAACCCUGUUCUAGGGAAGGAAGUCUGUCCCUUGCUGCUCCCUGAACAGCAGCAGCAUGGAGCCUGAGGAAGGAGGGAGGCAUGUGAACAGCGCCCCCCACAGGGCAUGGCACACACUGGGCUCAACCAAUCCAGGGCUUUUCUGCUUCCUCCCCUGAACUCCACUGUUGGCAAAGACUGCUCUUCCAUGACCACCUACUGUGUGGACCUCCAGUUUACUCAAGAGGCAUUCCAAGUAUGUUCUAUUUUAAUCCUUGCUUCCAGCCAACCACCAUGUGAGACAGAUGCAGGAAGCUUAUCAAAGCCCCAUGAGUGAUCCUUCAUAGAGCCAGACCAAAUCCAUCUCCUGGAGUUAAUAUCCCCAGAUCUCAGAGCACCUUCUAGGCUGUACGCCAGUAAAUGUGGCCUAACUGGGACAAUUCAGUUUGAGGGUCUGACCCUAGGUAGGGAGUGUGGGAUAAAGAGGAGAGAUGCUUUUGGAAAUACUGGAGCAGGGUGGGAUUCCAGGCCGUGUGGACAGAGUGCUCUAGGUGAGGAAGGUUGGGAGUGUGGUGGCUGCCAGGCUUCUGGCUUGAGUGACUGGUGGUGGCCACUGAGGUAGGGACUAGAGAGCAGGUGAGUUUGUGCUGUGCUUGUGGGACUUUCCGGUGGAAGCCUGGAGAAAGCCAUUUGUCACAAGAGCACUGUAACUCAGGGUCUGGAUGUGAGGGAAUGGGGUCAGGAGUCAUUGGCACAUGGUCUUGUUGAGGCCACAGGAGUCUGGGCUCUCACAUGGGAAGUUAAAUAAAGAGAUGGACAAAAUCCUGGGGAGCAAUGACCCUUUAAGAAGUGUGCCCAGGGUUUGGUUAGAGAAAUAAAUUGAGGGCAGAACGGGAACCCAAAGAAGGUGAUGUGACAAGGAAAACAAAAUGACAAUAAUGACAAAAACCAUGUUGAAGGUAGAAGGGAGUGAGCUGUCGGAGAGCCGCGUGAGACGGAGCUGGGAGAUACUUCACUGACUCCACUGUAAGGCUGUGUGUGUGGUGGGCGGCCCUGGUGCAGCUGCUCCCAAUUCCAGUGAAGACAGAUGAAAACCCCUGUCCCCCACAAAAGUGGCACAUGUCCAACAUAUUGGCAGAAAUUGGGAGGAAUCCCCUAACUAUAAAGCCAUGGGAGAUGGAGUUUUAACGCCCACCUGGAAACAGACCCAUGCCCACUUCUGCAUCCUGAGGAACGGGUGCUACUGAGGUUCUGACAUUGGAUUUUGGGGUUCCAGCAAGGUGGUGGUUUUUGUGCUGCGGAGUUGUAUCUAUAGGUUAGUCCUUGGAGUCUUCCCUGUGGCUCUCAGAGGGCUUGGUCUCAGCAGUGGGAAUGAACAGGAAAGGACAUCGACACCAGGUGACAGAGAAGCUUGCUGAGAUUAAUGUCUGUUGAGUGUAAACAAAUGAAGCAAGCCCCAGGUUGAAAGUAAAUUUGGGAAACAAAAAUUUAGGUUGUGGAAGCCGGCCAUUCUCCUCACCUGGAAGAGACCUCCCAGUGGUUGAGGUUAAGGUCCCAGCAUCAUUUUAAUUGGGGGAGUUUCCAUAAGUGUCCUAACUCUACUGAUCCCAUGCUAUCUUUUUUAAAAUCGUUUUUUCACUUUAUCUGAUACACAAAAGUUGUACCUAUUUCUGAGCUGCCAGGUGAUGUUCAAUAGAUGCAAGUCAGGGUAAGAAUCUCUGUCUCCUCAAACAUUUAUCAUUUAUCAUUUCUUUGUGGGGAAAACAGUCAAACUCCUUUCGUCUAGCUUUUUGAAAUGGACAUUAUACAUCAUUGUUAUCUGUGGCCACCCUACUAUGCAUGGCGCAGCAGAGCUUCUUGCUCCUGUCUGACCAUGACUUAGUCCCCCUUGGCCAACCUCUCCCCAGCCUCUGGUAACCACCUUUCUACUUGUAUGAGAUCAACUUUUUGUCUGAACUGCUUUUUUAAGUGGUCAGGAAUACUGUUUCCUUCUGUUUGUCUUGCUGUAUCCAUUCAGUUACUGCAAGCCCAAGAAAACGGUGGUCAGAGGAGAGGGAACCAACGAUCACAUCUAGCAUCCUGGGAGGUAUAACUUCUUCAAAGCAGUAGAACAAAGAUAGGAAGAACCCUUACCAGUGUGCAUGCAGGUCUGUAGCUUAUAGCUGGCUAUUUAUGUUUUAUUUAUUAAUUUUUUUUAGUUUUAGGUGAGUACAAUAUCUUUAUUUUAUUUUUUUGUGGUGAUGAGGAUCGAACCCAGUGCCUCACACGUGCUAGGCGAGCACUCCACCGCUGAGCCACAACCCAGCUCCUUAUGUUUUAUUCUAAUCAGUCUGCUUUUUCAUAGUUGUGAGAGCUGUAGACACAGAAGACCCCACCUCCAGACAGAUCACCCUACUUGAUGCUGAGCGGAGCUGGGAAGGUACUCGGCAUCCAAUGCCCUCAGCCCUAUGCAUGUCUUCAUCCGAUGGGUCCUACUGAUGGCCAGUAGGUUUAUCUUUUGGUAAACCAAACUCAUUUUUAUUCUUUUGCAAAUAACUAAAUUUUUGUUGUGUUGUUUGUGCCUCCUGGUUAGCAGAGUUUACUUUGUAAAUUUUUUUUGAAGAUAGAAGGGAAUGAGCUGCUGAACAUUCCAGACCCAAACCAUAGAAGGCAAGUAAGAAAUUCACUUACUUUACUUUUACAAGUAAAAGGCUGGUGGAGGGAGUGUCUAAAGAACUGUAACAAGCCAGAAACUGGGAAAGAACCAUGAAGGCAAAUUCAGGCAGCAUUGCCAGAAGUUGGGAGAGGGGCUUUUCUUUUCUAUUUAAGAAAGAAAAAAGAUAGAAGGCAGAAAAUAAAAAUCAAUUUCAAAAAUCAGAACGGUGUGGAACUAAAAUGAUGGGUACAAUUAGAUUCAAAUUCAUGGGACACAUUCCGAAUUACAGGAUACAAAGUAAAUUCUAAUAAUCCAGGAUGGCACAAACAAAACAACAAAAAUUUAGUUUUUUUGCAAAAGAAUAAAAAUGAGUUUGGUUUACCAAAAGAUAAAUAAAUGGGGAUGAAGGCAUAGAAUCUUGAGCAAAGAUUGUGAAUCAUUGGAAUUUUAUACCUAGACGAGUUUUGUGAAGACAAAAAGAAAAAAGAUUUCAAAUAUGUAAAGGUUCAGAAAAUAAAAUCUCCAAUGAACUGUACUUGGAAUAAUUUAACUUUGUCAAAAAAUAUUUCUCGGAAGAAAUGAUGUAUACUGUUAAGUAUAAUUUAAUAACAAUGAUCUGAUUAGAUAACUUCAGGUCAUAUUAACCAGACCCUGAACAUUUGGAGGCAAGGAAAUAUAGAAUUUCUAAACUACUUCACAAAGAAGAAAAGGGGUGGAAAGGACAAGAAUUUUAAAAAAAAAUUUUGUUUUAUUCUGUACUUUGAUGCUGAAACAAGUAUUAACUGAGCAUUUAUUUUAAGGGAGUAUUAAAACACUGAGAGACUUUUAAAAUAGCACAGUUUACUUCCAAAACAGGAAAAAAUAUAAAAGAAAAAAGAGUACAUGCAUUAAGACUGACAUCAAGUAAAUAAAGAUCCACAAAAUAAA